CUAUCCCAGAAAGGACUUGAAUCAACAAUUAUGUAAAUUCUACUUCGUGCCCUGCUUCCAGGCCGUGCCACUACUUAGAACUGGGUUUAACCAUGUCAUCAAAGGAGAGUUUCACAACGAGUAACCUUUCACUGAACCUGAAUGAGGACUGGGAUCGUUCAAGCGACAUGAUCAUACCUCGGACACAAGUACCACGAAAUUCUGUGCUAUUUCCGGGGGAAGAGACACAGGACGACUGCAGCACACCUGGGACAAAUGGGAGUAGGAAAAGCAGGUCGCUGAGUGAGCUCAUGCGGCUCCAUGCCGAGAAGGGGACCGAUGUGACUUUUAACGUCGAGGAAGCGAGUCGCGUAGCUGAUGUUCUCAAGCAGUGGAUAAAUUCGGGAACUUCUCCAUAUGAGGGCGAGGAUGACUUUUUCUCUCGUGCAAACGAUGACCUGUCACUUGGCGCGAAACGUUCGUUGCAAUCGGGAGACUUCAAUGGCCGAGCGAGAGGCCAGAGCGAUAGCGUUGUCUCGCGUUAGUCUUUGCCGAGAUCAGUUUCAGUUAAUGUCCAUCUGGUCUUUCAUAACCCUUUGAUAACAGUUCACGACCUCUAACGAUACUAAUGAUUUUUAUGACAAUAUACUCUACUCUGGAAGAACAGUCACACUACUUCUUAGUUACUUAGCAGUCUUUCUCAAGUUCUUCGGCGACCGUCAUCAUGGACCAUGGAUGGGCUUCACAGUCAUUGUUCCUAAUAUGACGUAAUUAACAAAUGUAGUAACAGUCACGUGCGAUGCGAACAUAGGUCUUUGGACAAAUCAC